AUGAAGUUUACUGCAUUGUUAACCGUUUUUGUUAUUGUUCUUGGAGUGAUUUAUGGAGACGGUAAGUUGUUUUUACAUUUUUGGUCGUUUACAGUGUCAUACACAGCCUAAUAUAAGGAUUACAGUCGGACAGGGUAGGGUAAAAUGAAAUAUGGUAAACUCCUCUGAAGGAAAAGCUGAUCCACAAAGUCCAGCCACCUUUAUUAUGUUAUUAAAUUUAAUUUUUAGUCCAUCAACAACGUAGAAACCAGCAUGGUUAUACACGUCAGUAUCACCAUAAAACCGUCCAAUCUGGCGGUCACCGUACGCAUACUGGACCCGUCUCCGGUGCUGUACCACAACCAUCGGCUGGUUCUAACUCUGGAACUGGGCUCGUUGACACAUUGAGUGGUGCUGGAAAUCAAAUCAGAAACGCCAGAGGGAUUUUUGAUUACUUCCCCGGCAGUUCUUAUCUAUUGUCUUUUGAAGAACCCCUCGAAAGUUUGAGGUCUGCCCGUGCUAUCCACAACAACAACAACCAUGGCCAGAGAAGACAGCCAAUUCGUGGCCACGCCCAAGCUCAUCCUCAAGGUCAUUCUCAAACUCAUCCUCAACGUCACCCCCAAAUUGGAGGUCAGAGAAUCAACGCUGGAUCUGUAUCUGGUUCUGUACCCAAGCCUGUAUCUACUGGUACUGGAGCGAGCUCUGGAACUGGAAUUGUUGACACUUUGAGUGGUGCUGCUGGAAGUGUCAGAAACGCCCGUGCUAUUCAUAACAACCAACCUUUUAACCAUGGUAAACAGCCAAUUCGUGGCCACCCCCAACGUCAUCCUCAAGGUCAUGCUCAAGCUCAUCCUCAACGUCAUCCCCAAGUUGGAGGUCACGGAAUCAACAUUGGAUCUGUGCCCAAGCCUGUAUCUACUGGUACCGGAUCUAGCUCAGGAACUGGAAUCGUUGAUACUUUGAGUGGUGCUGCUGGAAGUGUCAGAAAUGCCCGUGCUAUCCAUAACAACAACCAACCUUUUAACCAUGGUAGACAGCCAAUUCGUGGCCACGCCCAAGCUCAUCCUCAAGGUCAUGCUCAAGCUCAUCCUCAGCGUCGUCCCCAAGUUGGAGGUCAUGGAAUCAACACUGGACCUGUAUCUGUACCCAAACCUGUAUCUACUGGAACUGGCUCCAACUCUGGAACUGGGAUCGUUGACACCUUGAGUGGUGCUGCUGGAAGUGUCAGAAAUGCUCGUGCUGCUCAUAACAACAUCAAUCGUAUUAACCACGGUAGACAGCCAAUUCGUGGCCACGCCCAAGCUCAUCCUCAAGGUCAUGCUCAAGCUCAUCCUCAACGUCAGCCCCAAGUUGGAGGCCACGGAAUCAACACUGGAUCUGUUUCUGCGCCCAAGCCUGUAUCAACUGGUACUGGCUCCAACACUGGAACUGGAAUCGUUGACACUUUGAGUGGUGCUGCUGGAAGUGUCAGAAAUGCCCGUGCUAUCCAUAAGAACCAACCUUUUAACCAUGGUAGACAGCCAAUUCGUGGCCGCGCCCAAGCUCAUUCUCAAGCUCACCCUCAACGUCAUCCCCAAGUUGGAGGUCACGGAAUCAACACAGGAUCUGUGUCUGGUUCUGUACCCAAGCCCGUAUCUACUGGUAGCGCCACUGGAACCGGAACUGGAAUCGUUGACACCUUGAGUGGUGCUGCUGGAAAUGUUAGAAAUGCUCGUGCUAUCCAUAAGAACCAACCUUUUAACCAUGGUAGACAGCCAAUUCGUGGCCGCGCCCAAGCUCAUUCUCAAGGUCACGCCCAAGCCGGUAGCCAUGGAAUCUACACUGGACCUGUAUCUGGCGUCGUCUCUAAACCAUCAGCUGGUACAGGAUCAAGCUCUGGAACCGGAUUUGUUGACACUUUGAGUGGUGCUGCUGGAAGUGUCAGAAAUGCUCGUCAAGCUGAACAGCCAAUGCCAAUCGACAAGCCAGCCAAGAAGGGACUUCUUGGUUUGGGCUUUAUGGGACUCCUUUGA